UAACACACAGUAGAGUUGAGAGGCGAAUAAACGUUGACUAUCAACGACUCUACAGUCCAGAAUUUCAAGGGUUUAGUUUCUUCAUUUCCAGAAAUUUACAGAGAAACCACUCUUCAUCAAUAUUAAGCUUAUCUGCUGUUGCAAUGUCGGAAAAUCCAAAAUCCACAGUUUACGUAGGCAAUUUGGAUGAGAGAGUUACUGAUAGGGUCCUAUACGACAUCCUUAUACAAGCAGGCCGAGUAGUUGAAUUAUACAUUCCCCGAGACAGGGAAACAGAUAAACCUAAGGGUUUUGCCUUUGCGGAGUAUGAAUCAGAAGAGAUUGCUAAUUAUGCUGUCAGGCUUUUCUCUGGCCUGGUGACUUUGUACAACCGGACGUUGAGAUUUGCGAUCUCUGGGCAAGAUAAGGCAUCUUCUAACACAACCUCUACAUCGAUGCACACAUCAAAUUCACCCCACAAGUCCAGGUUUCAUCACGUACCUUUUAACAAUAUGGAAGAUCCUCAUCAUCCCUCCAGGUUGUCAUCAUCUAGUAGAUUUCCAGCGAACCCAGGCCGUUACGAGCCAGAGCUGCUCCCCCCUGGUGUAGAACAAGAUUCUAGUUCGUUUAGGUCUCGUGAUGGCAACAGUCAUGAUUACUCACGAAGAGUAUUUGGGGCAAGUUUGGACAGUAUUGGCCGCUCUAGGCCGGGGCGCUAUUAAUCAAGUAACCUAAUUACUUACCCUUCUUAUGAACUUCUCCAAGUAUGGUUUAGAUGCAUGUCUGACCUGUAGAUUCAGAUUGGCUAGUCUAGUUUAUUACUUGUAGUACAGGAUUUGGGUCAGUAGAAAAAUAUUGUAAUGCUAUCGUAAUGGCUACCUUAAUUGGGUAAGUAAAUGUAUCAGACCUGUUUUCUUAUGUUGCUUUAUGAUACAUUCAUACUUCUUUUUUGUUA